AUGUCGACGGCGACCGCGCGUUCGUGCGCGCGGACGACGCGCGGUGGAGAACGUGGGUGGGAGGCGAAACGACGCGUGAAAGCGUCGGGCGAACGGAUGUCGACGCGCGUGACGACGACGGACGACGACGUCGUGGUGUGCACGGGCGGGCUCGGCUUCAUCGGAUCGCACCUGUGCGAAGGUUUGGUCACGCGCGCGCGCGUGGUGGCGGUGGAUUCGGUGGACGCGCGCGGGCCGUAUCCGGAGAGGCACAAGCGCGCGAACGCGCGCCGGCUCGAGGCGCUCGGCGUGGAGGUUCGGGAGAUGGACGUGGCGAGCGACGCGACGGCGUUCGAAACGCUCGUGCGUGAUUUAGGGGGGGGUGGACGACGAAGAGUCGCGAUCGCGCACUUGGCGGCGCGGUCAGGAGUCGGUUCGGCGAACGAGAAUCCGGCGGGCGCGACUCGGGCGAACGUCGAGACGACGGCGGUGGUGAUGCGAGCGGCGUCGAGCGCGGGCGUCGCUCGAGUGGUUUUAGCGUCGAGUGGAUCCGUGUACGGCGAGGCAUCGAUGACGGCCGAGGGUGCGCCGCGCGCGAGCGCCGUCGGUGACUCAACAGAGCACCCGAAAUCUGCGUACGCCGCGACGAAACGCGGAGCCGAACUCUUGGCUAAGGUGUACGCCGACGGUUAUGGUCACGUCCCGGUCGUCGUUGCGAGAAUUUUUACCGUAUUCGGACCGCGAGGUCGUCCCGACAUGGCGGUCUGGCGUUUCAUCAAGGCACUCGAGGAGGGGAAACGGCUCACGCGAUUUGGAGACGGGAAGAGCACUUGGAGAGAUUACGUCUUCAUAGACGACGUCGUCGAUGCGUUGACGCGAGCGCUCAUGAACGAUAUCGAGGUUCCAUUUUCAAUCGUGAACGUAUCGGGAGGCGCGCCGGUGUAUUUAUGCGAGGUAAUUAAGGCGUGCGAGCGAGCGUGUGAAAAACACGGCGCCGUGGACGAGUCGCCGCCGCGACCGGGCGACGUCGGCGGCACCUUUGGAGAUAUAUCGUGCGCCGAAAGAACGCUCGAUGGUUGGCGACCGACGACUUCACUUGCCGACGGUCUCGCUCGCACGGUAAAAUGGUGGCGAAGCGCCGACGCGGAUGACUAUCGCGAGCCGUGA